UUUUUGUACUCUUUACAGAUUUCUUAAUUUUGUUGCUCACUACCCCAUUCCUAUGUUUUUGAGCAACUGUUUUAUGCGAAAUGAACUAAAAGCCCAUCUCUUAAAAACGAAUUCCCCAAAUACAAGCCUGAUGAGUUCAGCGAUUUCAGCAGAUUAUUUCAAGUUUUACGGUAAAUGCAGGUUUUUGGUUUUUUUUGUUUGUUUGUUUUGGUUUGUUUUUUAGGCUUUAUUUUAAUAUCUCGUCAGUGCGUCUCUGCUGACAGCGUGCGGCCGCGCGCGCUGCUCGGUGCACAGUAAACAACACUACGUCACUUCCGCUUCGAGGUUGACAGCAAAACAACAGAAGCAGGAGCGACUAAAACAAAACGUUUUUACCGAGGAAACAUUUCCGAAAAGCAGACAGACAGAAUGGAGGUGCUGACUUCACAGCAGGAUGUGGAGGAGGUGAUUCCCGUUGACUCCAACAACCACCAGAGCUGUGACGACAGAGAACCGGAGGAAGACCCCUCCUGCCUCCAAGAGGAGCAGACACAUGACACAGAUAAGGACCACCCCAGGUCAGAGGGAGGAGUCAUGUGGAGAGUGGGCGGUGGCCUGUUCAGCAUGACACGAAAUGUCGUUGGUGCCACCCUGGGCGGCGUUGCGUGGGUGGGAACUAAAAGUUUUGAGCUUACCAAGACAGCUGUGACCAGCGUGCCGGCGGCCAGCGCAGGACUGGUCAAGGGGAGCGUCUCCAUGGUUACGGAAGGUGUCGGAGCAGUGGGAUCUGUGGUGGCAAGUAAAGUCACACCGAGAAAGAAGGACAAAGCUGACUGAUGGACAGUGUGUGUGUGUAUGUGUGUGUAUGGGGGGGGUCAUGGAGGACAAGACACACAAACACUUGUGUCAUUAUUUACUAAAAGUCCCAAAUGUGUGAAUGUUCGACACAUUCUUAUCACAACUCGUUACAUAUUGGACUUCCACAUCUACAUAUUACGCUCUAGGUAUCCUUCUGCGUCUGCUGUUGAAUUU